GCUGAUCUGGGUCCGCACCUUUUCCGGUAACACAGCACCGCCACCGCUGUGACUGAACGGCUGGAGGGAGAGGGAGAGAGAGAGAGGGAAGAAGAGAGCCAGAGAGCGGCAAGAGCGGGGAGAAACGGCCCGGGGACUGGGGGGUGAUUUGCCUCAAAAGGGGAAGAGAAGAAAGUCGGAUGAAUCAAUGACCUUUUUCAGCGCUCUUCCUCUGGAUGUCCCCGUGCACAAACAGAGCGGAGAGUCCCUAUUUUUGACGUGCUUUAAUGAGAACUGUUCUUUGAAAUUCGACUGGAAUUGGCUAAGGGCAAGUGUGGACAGCCGGCAGCCAAGGAGGAAGUGAGAAUCCCGGGCUUGUACAGGGCCUGAUUUGUAUAGUAGGCUUUUUGUUUUUAAAAACCUACUCUGUAGGAGAGAGUGGCUCUGAAACUGAGAAUAACGAUAUUUUUUGAGGAAGAGUUGACAUAUCUGUUUUGUCGGAAGUCUGAAACAAGGGGAUGUAAUUUUUUCUUCUUACAUCGGAGGGCAGUGGAUCAUGAAAAUAUAUCCCCACCCAGUUCUGUGAGGACUACACGCACACUGCUCCCACUGAACGCUCAGCCACCCGCUCAGGUCCGAUCAUCAUAGUCCAGCUAAUUGUAGUGUUCUGUCAUCCAACUGUACAAACUUGAAAGUCACCACCUUUUGAACGUUGACACUUGUGUCAGCCCACCGCUGCCAUCACGUGGAGAUCUUUCAGCGCACACCGAAACUGUAGCUUCUAAGCUGUACUGAAAGCAGCUUCUUUUCUCUCAUUAGAGAAGUUUUGUUUCUUCUAACAAAGUAUUUAUGCACAACAAACAAGAUGGGAAAAGUGCUUGCAAAGAUUUUUGGCAACAAGGAGAUGAGAAUAUUGAUGCUUGGACUUGAUGCUGCUGGUAAAACUACCAUUUUGUACAAGCUGAAGCUGGGACAGUCAGUCACCACCAUCCCCACUGUUGGUUUCAACGUGGAGACGGUUACCUAUAAGAAUGUGAAGUUUAAUGUGUGGGACGUGGGUGGCCAGGACAAGAUCAGGCCACUUUGGAGACAUUACUACACUGGCACCCAGGGCCUCAUUUUCGUGGUGGACUGUGCCGACAGGGACAGGAUCGAUGAGGCAAGGCAGGAGCUCCACAGAAUCAUCAACGACCGGGAGAUGAAGGACACCAUCAUCCUGAUCUUCGCCAACAAACAAGACCUCCCAGACGCCAUGAAACCCCAUGAGAUCCAGGAGAAGCUAGGCCUGACCCGGAUCAGAGAUAGGAAUUGGUACGUUCAGCCCUCAUGUGCGACAUCAGGGGAUGGACUAUACGAGGGCCUCACCUGGCUUACCUCAAAUUACAAAUCCUAAUGUGUUUCUCCCUUCACCAGCCUGGAAACGUGGAGACAAAUAAAAGUAGCUGAGAAUGAAAACAAAAAAAACGCAAUCUGAAGCAAUUAAUACCAUGACCUCUCUGCUGAGUAUAUAUGUCAACGAGAGUAGCAGUUAUAUUUUGUUUCAUUUUAUUUGAUAAUAAUAACUUCACUAUAACCCCAGAUUUCAUUAAAAGACAUUUUUUCCUUCUUUGGCUUUAUUUUACUAGUUUGCUUUGGUUCACAUUCUGUGUAAUCAGUUCUGUUUAAAGCUUUGAGCUCUCAGUGCAAAUUCUUUUGUUUUCUUCUUUUUUGUAUCAUUUCUUUGAGGGGACACUUUAGGACACACACUUUUGUUUUGCCCCUGCUUAGCUCUCAAACAGUAUUCUCGUGACCCAGCUACAUAUCCAAAGGGUGGGAAAAAUCCAGAAACUGUUGCCUUCAUCAGCAUAUCACUUUGACGGCUCAAACUGCCUCUGUCAUUUGUAAGAAUGCGUAUUCUGGAUAUGUUAGGACCUUGAAAAAAAUGGUUUCAUAAUUGCUUGUACUGAGAUGAUUGAGGAAACAUGUUUGUACUUACUUCAUGUGCAGUGAUUACAUCCAUCAUGUCUAUGAAAGACACUAUGUGGACGCUGGAUAUACACACACUGUGAUAUGGAUAUUGGAUAUAUAUUUUUGUUAAUUCAGGGUGUGAAUCUGUUACCACCAGUCUUAUUUUGUUUCUCCCAGAGCUUCCAUUACUGUUGUGUAUUUGUAGUUUUGGCUGCCUUAGGAGGGACCCAGGUUACAGGUGCCCCCAAAAUCAAGAUAGUUACUACGGCAGAAGGUAUGCUCAACUGUUGAGUUUGCACUUUGGGUUGGAGGGGUAUGGUGUGUGUUUGGGGGGGGUGUGAGAAGGGGGGGUAUCAACUAGCUGGCUGUGCACAUUCAGAUUUCCUGUGAGUGACUUUUGGACGUCAGCAAGUGUUUCAAAAAUUCCCAACCCCCCACCGUCUCCAAUAUAGGUGCUUCAAGGACUGCAACCCCCCUCUUCUCCUUCUUCUUCUUCUUCUUUUGUUUUUGUACCCAUCAUCAUUAUCUACCUUUACACUUUAAGGUCGCGCAGACACACACCAACCAUUCUUCUGUUAAUAGUUCAUAGAUACUGCUCUGUUUUGUUUAUGUUCCCCCUUUUUUUUUGCUAUGCUGAUGAAAUAAUAAAAAAAUAUAUCCAGAUCA